AGAGCGUUUUCUACGGCUCCCUUUCUCAGCCUUUACACCGCUUCUUUCCGAGAAAAGGAAGAAUCGUUUCGUGAACUAGAACUGGUAUCAAAGACCGAUUGGAGCCCGGAAUAUCCGCACCACGGAGCUACUUCGUAACCCGGCGUCUCCAGGCUGGUGAGCAAGGAAAGGGGAGCAAGAAGGAUGUGGGAGGGCACUGCUGAGAGGGGCCGGGGACAGAGGCGGCCAAUGCUCCUUCCCUUCCUGCUGCCUUUGUUCUGCCCCGCGCUCUCUGAGCAGAUCCGCUACAAGAUCCCCGAGGAAAUGCCCACCGGCUCGGUAGUGGGGAACCUCGCCAAGGACCUGGGCUUCAGUGUCCAGGAGUUACCGACUCGAAAGCUACGCAUCAGUUCUGAGAAGCCUUACUUCAGUGUGAGCUCAGAGAGCGGAGAGUUGCUAGUAAGCAGCAGGCUGGACAGGGAGCAGAUAUGCGGGAAGAAGCUGGUGUGUGCUCUGGAAUUUGAGGCUGUUGCUGAAAAUCCACUGAACUUUUAUCAUGUGAGUGUGGAGCUGGAGGACAUUAAUGACCACACGCCAAACUUCACGCACACUUUCUCGGAACUGCAAAUAAGUGAGUCUGCUCAACCGGGCACUCGCUUCAUUUUAGAAGUAGCAGAAGAUGCAGAUAUUGCCUUAAAUUCGCUACAGAAUUAUAAACUCUCUCCUAGCCCUGGUUUCUCCCUGGUGAAUAAAGAAAAACAAGAUGGUCGUAAGUACCCGGAAUUGGUAUUGGAGAAAACUUUAGACCGCGAGCAACAGAAUUACUACCGACUAGUCCUGACAGCCUUAGACGGCGGGGAUCCUCCCCUAAGUGGCACCACUGAGCUGCGAAUCCAAGUCACUGAUGCCAACGACAACCCCCCUGUGUUCAACCAGGAAGUGUACAAAGUCCGCCUUCCUGAGAACGUGCCCCCAGGUACAACCGUGCUACGAGUGACAGCUACAGAUAAAGAUGAGGGCGUGAAUUCAGAGAUUUCUUAUUCCUUUCACAGAGCUGGGCAAGUGUUUGGUCUAAAUUCAAAGAGUGGAGAAAUUAUAACACAGAAAACACUAGAUUUCGAAGAAAUCAAAGAAUAUUCUAUAGUAGUGGAAGCGCGGGAUGGCGGAGGCCUGGUUGCACAAUGUACAGUUGAAAUUAACAUUCAAGAUGAAAACGACAACAGACCAGAAAUUACUGUCCGUUCUCUGCUAGAGAUGAUUCCAGAGAACGCACCGCCGGGAACACUAAUUGCUUUGAUCAAAAUACACGACGGAGAUUCUGGAGAAAACGGGGAGGUUAAUUGUCGACUAGACGAUGAAGUGCCCUUUAAAAUUAUCUCUUCUUCCAAAAACUCGUAUAAAUUGGUUACGGAUAGAGCCUUAGACCGAGAGCUGACUCCAGAAUACAAUGUGACCAUUACGGCCACUGACAGAGGCAAGCCACCCCUUUCCUCCAGCACAAAAGUCACCCUACACGUUGGUGACGUCAAUGACAACGCUCCGCUUUUUCACCAGGCCUCCUACUUGGUGUACAUAGCUGAGAACAACCCACCUGGAGCUUCCAUCGCUCAAGUCAGCGCCUCCGACCCGGAUCUGGGAUCCAAUGGUCAUGUCUCCUACUCCAUCAUAGCUAGUGACCUGGAGCCUAAAUCGCUGUGGUCCUACGUGACCGUGAAUGCGCAGAGCGGAGUGGUGUUCGCGCAGCGCGCCUUCGACCACGAGCAGCUGCGCUCCUUCCAGCUGACACUGCAGGCGCGGGACCACGGAUCGCCCACACUCAGCGCCAACGUGAGCAUGCGCGUGCUGGUGGGCGACCGCAACGACAACGCGCCACGCGUUUUGUAUCCCGCGCUCGAGCCCGACGGCUCUGCGCUCUUCGACAUGGUGCCGCGCGCUGCCCAGCCCGGAUACCUGGUAACCAAAGUGGUGGCGGUGGACGCAGACUCGGGACACAAUGCCUGGCUGUCCUACCACGUGCUGCAGGCCAGCGAUCCCGGGCUCUUCAGCCUGGGACUGCGCACGGGCGAGGUGCGCACAGCGCGUGCCUUGGGCGAAAAGGAUGCUGCGCGGCAGCGCCUGUUGGUUGGUGUUCGCGAUGGUGGACAGCCACCCCUCUCGGCCACCGCCACGCUGCUUCUAGUAUUCGCUGAUAGCUUGCAGGAGGCCCUGCCAGACCUCAGUGACCACUCACUGCCCCCUGAUCCUCAAGCCGAGCUGCAGUUCUACUUGGUGGUGGCCUUGGCCUUAGUUUCUGUGCUUUUCCUCCUGGCUGUGAUUCUAGCCAUCGCACUUCGACUGCGACACUCCUCCAGCCCCUCGGUCUGGAAUUGCUUUCAGCCUGGAUUUUGUUCUGAAUCUAAGCCUGUGGUUUUCCCCAACUAUAGUGAAGGUACUUUGCCGUAUUCCUAUAAUCUGUAUGGUGCACAUGCUGGAAAGACCGAGUGUAAUUUCCUAAAAUGUAGUGAGCCAUUAAGUUCUGGACAAGGCCUUCUUUGCCCUGAGUCAUCUGGGGCCUUGUUUCCUCUUUGUGAUUCCAGUGAGCCGACUUCCCACCCCGAACCUCUAACACCGCAAGCCCCGCCCAACACUGACUGGCGUUUCUCUCAAGCCCAGAGACCCGGCACGAGCGGAUCCCAAAAUGGUGAUGAAACUGGCACCUGGCCCAACAACCAGUUUGAUACAGAGAUGCUGCAAGCCAUGAUCUUGGCCUCUGCCAGCGAAGCUGCUGAUGGGAGCUCUACCCUGGGAGGGGGCGCUGGCACCAUGGGUCUGAGCGCUCGAUACGGACCCCAGUUUACCCUGCAGCACGUGCCUGACUACCGCCAGAACGUGUACAUCCCUGGCAGCAAUGCCACGCUGACCAAUGCCGCUGGCAAACGAGAUGGCAAGGCUCCAGCAGGUGGUAAUGGCAACAAGAAGAAAUCGGGCAAGAAAGAGAAGAAGUAAUAUGGAGGCCAGGCCUUGAACCACAAGGCAGCCUCCCUCCCCAGCCAGUCCAGCUCGUCCUUACUUGUACCCAGGCCUCAGAAUUUCAGGGCUCACCCCAGGAUACUGGUAGGAGCCAGGGCCAUGCUCCCCGUUGGGAAACAGAAACACGUGCCCAAGCCAACACCCCCUCUCUAUACCCUAGGGAGUUGAAUAUGCAAAGAGAGUUCUGCUGGGACCCCCCUAUUCAAUCAGUGAUUGUACCCACAUGGGUAGCAGGGUUUGUGUGUGUGGACAUACACACACACACACACACACACACACACAAACCAUGCCACACUCCCUUAGUUACAGCUGAACUCCUCCAUCUUCCAACCCAGGCAGGCUUAUCCAUCUCCUGCCGCCCUCUCCCCACCCCACCCACUCCUUCAGUCCCUCUCUUUGAGCAAGGUAGCUGGGCUGUUGGGGUGACCGGUGAGCUAAGCCGGCUCCUAGUUCUGAACGGUAGGGAGAGUAUUACAAUCUUUUGGCCUCUCCUUCAGUUCAGCUUUCCCCCAAAGCAUGGUUUGGUACCAGUCUUCUCUUUUCCUUCCAGAGCCUGAGACCAAUGCUUAAGUUUUGGGGGAACAGGCACCCUCCCUCUGGUACUGAUGAUGCUUGCUGGAUUUUGGGAAGGCAUUUUGCUACUAAGCCUCUUUUCAAUGCCUGGGGACAACUAGUCUUUUGUUUUUCAUUGUUUGAUGUUCCCACUGCAUGCUGUGACUUCCCUACACCUCAAAGAAGAGACUCCUUUGCAUGUCUGGAGACAGUAGGGGGUGGUAAACUAAAGGGAAGUUGAGAGUGUAUACUGCUGGGAGUGGGGCAGUGGACAAAACAGCCUGUUAAUAGGGUCUUGCAAGGGGCUCUGUAUGUACCCAGGGGACUGGCUCAAUCCUCACAUUCUAGCCAUAGACAAACACCAGGCCAGACCCCUCCAUUCUGGUUCAGCCUGGGCAGCUUGGGCUGAGCCACCAGGACCAAUGGAUUUAAGCUGACAUUUCAGUCCAAGACGACGACUUCUAAGUGAGUUUAAGACCAGAGAGGAAAGAGGGGCCUCUGUGGGUGCUGGGUACUCCAGAGGUGCCCUUGGUGGGAGGACCAGUGGUCUUAGCAGGAAGGGGGGCCCAGCAAGGUCAUUCUUGGACCCUGGGUCUAGUCCAGUAGCUAGAAAAAGGGACCAAGUGGCCAUAAAGUCCCAGCCAAUGAUGGGGCUUUUCCAGUGGGCCCCUGUAGACCUCAAGCCCCUGGCCUCCACCUUACCAGGUGCCAUUUCUUCUCAGAAGGCCACUGCCCAGGCCCCCAGGCCGCCCCCUUGUGGCCAGAGAACGGUUAAAGCCCCCCAGUGCCUCCUUGUGCAUAGAACUUCCUCUGCCCUAGCCCUUACAGUAGUGUAGAAGAUCCCCCUCCCCCGCUGGUGUAGAAUAGCCAAUAGUAUAGUGUGGUGUGCUUUUACGUGAUGGCGAGUGGGCAGCGGGCGGUGGGCUGUACACAGCCGUCUGUCCUUUGAAUCUCAAUCUGCCUGCGCGGCCCGUGCUGUGUUUUGUGCUGUGUCCACACGCUGCGGCGACCCCUCCCUGUACUGACUUCUCUAUAAAAAGCUUCUCUUCGCAUAGUCACGUAGCUCCUGCCCAUCCCCCUUCCGAUAUCUCUCGCAAGUUUUAUACUCUAAUAUUUAUAUGGCUUUUUUCUUCGAAAAUUAAAAAUAAAAAAAUGGUUUCUUCUG